AUGGCAAGUAUAUCGAAAUGCAACGAAGUUGUGUUUGUGAAGAAUUACUACAAUGCACUGUGCAAUAAGCCUUCGAUGAUACAAAAUUACUAUGUGGAUGGCUCUAAGCUAACGAUAUGCAAGGAGACAGAGAGUCCUGACGAGUGUACUGAGGGAUUUAUGAAGUAUAUCAAGAGUAAGAUUGAGGGUGUGCUGACUAAGGUACUGGUGUCUCACGUGUCACACCAGAAGAUAGAUGAGGAGCGGUCGAUUGUGAAUGUAGUGGGGCAGUUUGUGUAUGGCGAUAAGACGCAGAGUAGAGUAAGUCACCAAUUUAUUAUUAUGAAGAUUGAUGGAACUGUGUAUAUCAAGAAUGAGAUUCUGACCUUUUUGAAUGAGGAUGUGGUGUAUGAAACUGGAGAGGGAAGAGAUAUAGUUGUUGAGUGUGAAAAGGACAAUGUAGUGGAGGGGAUAGCAAUGGUUUAUGGGAUGGCAGGGAUUGAAUCUGUGCGAAUUGGAAAUGAUGGAAAGCUCAGCAUAGUCCUUGGAAGUGAAGAUGACGUGAGUAUUAUCAAGAAGAAUGCAUUGGACUUCACUGAGAAGGGAUUUGGAUUGAAGUUUGCAUUGAGCGAGGGAAAGGAAGAUGAAUAA